AUGGGGCGCCAUCCACAUAAUGUAAAUUCCUCCAGAUGGCGCCUUGAGACCCCAAUUCGCCUUCAUGCGCUGGAGCAAAUUUGCGUCCACGCAAAUCCAAGUUUCGUCCAAUGGGUUAAAAUGUGCGAAUGCGGACUCCUCAAUCCAGCCAACCCAAUCAACCAUCAGCACAAAUCAGGUCCUGCAGUUUUGUUUCCGACAGCAGUGCGGAGUAAACACACAAUGAAUGAGACGAGAUCAGAAGUUGGGAAUGGCGGUGAAUGCAAAGGAUAUAUCGACGAAGAAAUUGAGAUAUGGCCCAGUUUCAGAGGACUACCGUUGGUAUAUGUAAUUGCCUAG